AUUACACAGCAGCUGGUGCCAGCCUGAAAACUGAAAAGGCAGCUUGCAGAGUGGUUUGGAGGCAGGUGGGCAGGACCAUCCAGAAACCCAGAAUAAUCUGGACUGUAAACUUCAUCUGAUCAAGGAUGACAGACGUUGAAAGAGAAAUGGGCCUUCCACCCAUUGAGCAGAAACCAGGGCUGCAAAUAUGGACCAUCAAGGAUAUGAAGAUGGAGCCUAUUCCCGCAAAGGCUUAUGGGAGUUUCUUUGAAGGAGACUGCUACAUCAUAUUAAAUCACACAAAGAUGCAGCAUCGCUUCACCACUGAUCUCCACUUUUGGAUCGGGCGCAAUGCCAGCCAGGACGAGCAAGGAGCUGCCGCUUUCUAUGUCACCCAGAUAGAUGAUUCCCUGCAAGGGACAGCCAUUCAGCAUCGAGAGGUUCAAGGGCACGAAUCCGCUGCUUUCAAAAGUUAUUUCAAGAAAGGCAUCAUCUACAAGAAGGGAGGAUUGGCUUCAGGGUUCAAGCAUGUUGAGACCAACAUGUAUAACAUCAAACGGCUCCUUCAUGUUAAGGGCAAGAAACAUGUGUCAGCUACAGAGGUUGACCUUUCUUGGGACAAUUUCAACAAAGGUGACGUCUUCCUGUUGGAUCUUGGCAAAGUGCUGAUCCAGUGGAACGGACCUUCCUGCAACAUUGCUGAAAAAUCGAAGGGAAUGAUCUUGGCACGAAGCAUCCGGGAUGGCGAGAGAGGUGGACGUGCCCAAAUUGCCGUAAUCGACAACGAGAAAGACUGCCCAGAGCUCAUGCAGAUCAUGAAGGCGACGCUGGGGGAGAGGAAUCAAGAGAUUAGAGAGCCAUUACCAGAUGAAAAAGCGGAUGAACAUCAAAAAGCCAAUGUCCGCCUUUACCAUGUGUACGAAAAUGGCAAAGAUCUUGUGGUCCAAGAAAUUGCAACCAGGCCCCUCACUCAAGACCUCCUGAGUCAUGAGGAUUGUCACAUUAUAGACCAGGGAGGUUUGAAAAUUUAUGUCUGGAGAGGAAAAGAGUCCAGCAAGGAAGAAAAAAAUGCUGCUUUUAGUCGGGCAGUGGGCUUCAUCCAAGCCAAGGGUUACCCUUCUUCUACGAACAUAGAAGUUGUAAAUGAUGGAGCAGAAUCCGCCAUGUUUAAACAGCUUUUCCAGAAGUGGACGGAGAAAUAUGCCACCCAAGGCCUUGGCAAAGGCUACACUCUCGGCAAAAUUGCCAAAGUGGAUCAAACAAAAUUUGACAUCACUCAAUUGUACAUGACACCAGAAGUGGCCGCUGAAGAAAGGAUGGCCGACGAUGCCUCUGGAAAAGUUGAGGUGGGACAUUUAAAUACAGGUAGUCCUUCAAAUGAAACGGCUUCACGAACCGACGUCUCGAUUCGGGGCUUUCUAGCUCUUUUCCUUCCGACCUGUUUCCUCUUUCCCCUCCUUCAGAUUUUCCUUUGGGUUGGGAAAACCGCCAACAGCUAUGAAAAGACGGAGUCCGUUUCGGCAGCCAAAGAAUAUUUGAAGAACCACCCAGCGGGGAGAGACGUAGCAACCCCAAUCAUCACCGUCAAACAAGGUCAUGAGCCCCUGAACUUCACCGGUUGGUUCACUGCCUGGGACCCUUACAAGUGGAGCGAUGGGAAGUCUUAUGAACAGAUGAAGAGUAGUUUAGGGGAUGUAUCUGCCAUAUCAGAAAUUACGAUGGAUCUGAAAAAUGCUAACUUCAGCCACAGAAGUUCCAGCAAUAAGCCUGUCACUGCCAAUGCAGAGAUUUCAGAAGCCCAGUCAAGUCUGCAGGAUAACCAAACACUUACUCACAGUAGUAACUGUUCCAACACCAACACAACUUUGCAAGAAGCAAAUGAGAUCGGUACAUUCCCUAGAGAUCUGCUGAUUAACAAGACGGUGGAUGAGCUUCCGGAAGGUGUGGAUCCCACCAAAAAGGAGUACUUCCUAUCUGAUGCAGAAUUUUUUGAUAUCUUUGGGAAGACAAAAGAUGCAUUUUACCAGAUGCCUACAUGGAAACAGCAAAACGAGAAGAAACAAUUCGGAUUGUUUUGAACAAACGGACGGAUAGUUGGUGACACCUGAAAACAGGAUUGUUUGCAAGGCAGGGCACAAAGGUUAAGAUGGGGCCACAAAUUUAUCUUAGAACUGUCAAUGCAGGUAAAAAAAUUGAUGGAACUUCGAUCGCUCGGUGGCUAUACCAUCUUGGCUGUUUUGACUUCCUGACUCAGAAAGAAGAUGGAUCUUGGAGGAGAGAUUCCCAAAUUUCAAAAGGACAAUUUUAAAAAUAAAGUCUUCUAGAAAUCUGUAUGGUCAACAAUAAUCUUAAUGAAAAUGAUUUCCUAAUUUUUCUCAACUGGGAAAACAGUAACUUCCCCUUCCCCACUAAAAAAUUGUUCCAUUAUUUGCACAAGAAAUAAGCGAAGGUUUCUCUCAA